UAAUAAUAAUAAUAAUAAUAAUAAUAAUAAUAAUAAUAAUAAUAAUAAUAAUAAUAAUAAUAAUUUUAUUCUGAAACCUAUUAUUUUAUUUGCAGUAAAAUGCAAAAUGAAAGAAAAGCGUUUGGGAGAAUUUGCCCCAACAGGAUAGCGGAUUUCGCUAGAGGUCAAGACAGAAAACAUUCAAAAGAUCGGAAUAAUCAGGACGUUCCAAAAAUUUCCACGAACAAUGCUCCAAUACCAAUAUACAUCGAAGAGACAACGAGUAUCUCACAUGAAGCCUUUGCAACGAUCGCCUGGCAAGAUUUAGAAGAUUGUACCUCAGUUCUUCAAAGAGAAAGUAACUCUAUUCAGCAGAAUGCUCGCCUGCCAGACACUUCGGAUUUUGAUCUUCAAGACUUCAGGGAUGCGGUUGAUAAUUUCAUUCCCGAUCAUCCUGCGUUAAUGCAGCCCUGCAUUGGCGGUAUUGACAUGCAGAUGUCGAGCUGCGAUGUGUCCGACUUUGAAGCCUGUAUCACUUCUCCUAUCCCCGCUCCACAGGACCAUCUCCUCAACAGGAACAUGUCAUACACGUCCCCUACACAUGUUCACCAUGACAAUGUGCAACCACUGGCUGAGCAAUACUGGAUGGACAUGGCAGGCCACAACCAGAAAGCGCUGGGGGAUGCUUUGGUGGUUAACAAUCAGCUGCACCUUACAUUGAACAGAAAACAAGAGGAGAUUGCUUCAUUGCAGGAAAGAAAUGUCAAACUGAAGGAACUUGCGAACCAAGCCAAGCAUUUGGCUUCAGUACUUGAUAAACUUAUCACGCAAUCUAAAAAUACCAACGAAACAACUGUCGAAGAUUUUCCACCCAAGACUGGCAUGAAAAGACAGAGGCUGGAAGACUUGUACGAGCCCGUCCCAGACAGUAAAGCUGUGGAUGAUAUGUUAAGAGACAUUACAGAUACAUGUCAUGCAGCUUUACAACGCAACGCUAAGCAUCCAAAAUUGCAGCAUGAAAUGGGAAACUCAACUCAAAGCACGGAAACUAUAAAUAUGUAUGGCGCCUUCAAUGGACUACAGACCUGUACCACGCGUAGCUCAGUCACCCUGAGCGGCAGUGACAUGGAUGACGGAAUGUUCUUUAGAACCUCGAUAAGAGACCACUGCACAAUCAAAACUCUGGCUUUUCCUCAGGGGAAUGCAUUCACCACAAAGAAACCUUGUGGAGGCUAUAAAUUCCGAUGGGUUCCAAACUAGACUGAAAUUUCAGCUAACUACACUGACCAGAU